AUAAUGCCUGUGGCUUUUGUCACCAAACAUCCAGGUGUAUAAAAGGCCCUUGGCAGAUGGUGACACCCAGACUCAAGAAACCCAUUGCCUGUCUUCCUCUGAACACUCCACUCCUGACAUCAUGUGUUACUACGGAAGCUACUAUGGAGGCCUAGGCUAUGGCUAUGGUGGCCUAGGAUGUGGUUAUGGCUGUGGCUAUGGCUAUGGCUGUGGCUGUGGUGGCUAUGGCUAUGGCUGCUGCCGUCCACUGUGCUGUAGAAGAUACUGGUCCUGUGGCUUCUACUGAGGACAUUAUGCAGUUACCCAGCCUUUCUAUCCAGAAGGUCUUCCAAGGCUUUCCGAACAGGAGCUCAAUAAUGUCUUCAAAGAUUUGAACUUUAGGACAAAACAUUCUGUUUUAUAUUAUCUUCAUAAUACUCUGUAAAAUGAUUGUAAUUUGGCUCUCAACCUAUAUUUUAAUAGGUGUAUCAUCAAGUAACUAAAUGAAUAAACUGUACUAAAUAA